GGCGUCCGCCCCUGCGCCCGGGCCGGGGCCUGGCGGCGGCGGUGCCUGGUGCCUCCUCGGCUGGAGCCAUGAAGUCGCUGUGCCUCGUCACCGUGGGGGUCCUGGCCAUGACACUGCUCAUCGCCAGCAUCUCCUUGCUGGUAGCGCACGUCUUCCAGACUGUGGUGGACCUGCAGGUGAAGCAGGGAACAGUAUUGAAAAAUGGCACGGAAACCUUUGAAGCCUGGGAGGAUCCUCCUCCACCAGUCUACAUGCAGUUCUACUUCUUCAAUGUGACAAAUCCUUUGGAAGUGCUUCAAGGCGAUACUCCUCUUGUAGAGGAAAUAGGGCCAUACACCUACCGAGAAUACAGGCCAAGAGUGCACGUUCAGUUUUUGGACAAUGGUACCAAAGUAUCUGCUCUGAAUCCCAAGACGUAUGUAUUUGAACCACAGAAGUCAGUUGGAGACCCUCAAGUGGACCUGAUUAGAACAGUUAAUGUUCCUGCAGUGACUGCAAUGGAGUGGACCAGGUCAACCCCUCUUCAGUUUGCCACAGAGGUGCUGCUGCUUCUGUACCAAGAAUCCCUGUUCACAGUUCACACUGUCCAUGAAUUACUGUGGGGCUACAAAGACAGGCUCUUGUCAACCAUUCAUCUUUUACAUCCUGAGAUAGAUCCAGUGUUUGGUUUCUUUCAUAAGAUGAAUGGAACUGAUGAUGGAGAAUAUGUUUUCCUAAGUGGGGAAAUCAACUACCUUAACUUCUCAAGGAUUGUGGAAUGGAAAGGAAAAGAGUCAUUGAGCUGGUGGACAACAGAGACAUGUAACAUGAUCAAUGGGACAGAUGGGACAUCCUUUCACCCGCUGAUUAGCAAAGAUGAGAACAUUUAUAUCUUUUCAUCUGAUUUCUGCAGAUCUUUGUACCUUGUGUACGACAGCUCGGGAACUGUUGCAGGCAUCCCAACCUACCGCUUUGUGCCCUCUGCUAUGGUAUUUGCUAACACGACAGUUAACCCAGGCAAUGCUGGAUUCUGCGUGCCACCAGGAAACUGUCCUGGCACUGGUGUUCUCAACGUCAGUGUCUGUAAGCAAGGAGCUCCAAUAUUUCUAUCAGCUCCACAUUUCUACCAAGCAGAUCAAAAGUUUGUAGAAGACAUAGAGGGCAUGCACCCAAAAAAAGAGUACCACGAGACGUUUCUGGACAUCAAUCCUUUGACAGGGCUCGUCCUGAAAGCAGCCAAGAGGAUGCAGGUCAAUGUUCACAUCAGAAAAUUACCUGAAUUCUUUGAAACAGGCAACAUCCGAACGCUGAUUUUCCCAGUGAUGUAUAUAAAUGAGAGUGUUCUGAUUGAUGAAGCAUCUGCCAGCAAACUCAAGCAUGUCCUGCUGGAAGCCAGUGUUGUAAUUGGAAUCCCAUUCGUAAUCAUGGCUCUAGGAAUUGUUUUUGGGAUUGUUUUUAUCGUGCUGGCGUGCAGGUCCCGAGGAAUAAGUGAAGAGGGAAGGGAAGUUCUAAUAGACUCAGAAUAAAUCGCCAAAGCAAAGGAAUGGAGCUAAUAAGAGGAAUGUGAGUACGGAAGAUGAAAGGUCGCCGCUCAUCAGGACAUCUUAGUAGGUUUCCUUUAACACAUGAGCUUGGAGAAUAAACUAUUAGAGUUGACCUAAUACCAACUACCACUACCCAGCAUUCUCUACUGCAGAGAAGCGAUUGUGUCAGGUGUAACUUUUUGUGGUAUAGAGAUGGAAGAGAAGCUGCACUGUCCUGAAGGGAGGAGACUUUUCUAAACAGCUAAGUUACAUUUUAAAACUGCUUGAGAUCCUGCUUUUUCCAACCCCGCACUCUCUUUGUACCUGCACUGACAACCAUAGAUGAUCAUAACCACUGUAUCGUUGAAAAUAAAAUGGCCUGAAUCAAUACAGAAACAAGACAAGGGACAUUUCCAAAUGGCCUUGAGAGUGUGGGCUGCAAAGGACCUUCUUGGAACACAUCAGGCUCCUGUGUGCCCUGGAACAACAGACAAUUGGGCUGUAGGCCUAGGCUUAUCUUUUCUGUCAAGUGUUGUGCGCUACUUACUACCAGUAUGCACUGACUGUGUAUUACUCAUGUCAUCACUCCUUUCACACAUAUAUUUGUACAACUAAUCCAGAACACUGAGUGAAACCUUGUUCACCACCUCUAGUUCCCAGGUAAAAGGAGGCUGAUGAUUUGAGAUGUGAUGUUGUAUAGACCUCUUCACUAUUGUAACUCGGAACAGGACCCCACUGCAUAUUAGGAUGCAUUUCUCCUUAAGGUCUGGGUUUUUUUCAAACCACCCCACAGCAUAACAUUGUUCUUGAUGGUGGAGGGUUCAGAAAUUGUGUUCUUGUUCCACUGGUAUUGGUGGCAUGGUUGUCAGCUGGUUUAAUGUGAAUGCAGACUUGGCAGUUGACUGUUGAGGACAAAAGCACAUCUCCGUAUUAAGGUAGGCAUAGGGCUUUGAGAAGUCAUAACACUUAUUGUCAAGCAGAAAUUUGUUUUAAAGAUCACAAAGGUAUUUUCCCCCUGAUGAAAAGAAUAUUCUUGUGGAGGAGUAUUUCCAUUAGACCUAGAGAGUGAAAUGUAUUUUAAAAAUGUAUUAUUGUCUUCUAAAUAGAGGCAUUGGGUUUUGCAUUGUC